UACUGUGCUUUCCCACAGGGUGGCAGCAGCAGGCUCAGGGCAGAAAGGCUGGGAAAAAACAGACCAGGAGCCCAGAGGUACUGCAGCAGAUUGCAGGGUGGGACCAUCUCCCCUCAGGCUUUGAUGUCCCCGGCAGGUUGGAUAGUUCCAAGUUCCAGGGUGCACUGAGCUAGACAGGUCAUUGAUCCUUCUCACUUGAGGCAGUGGUGCCUAUCUGGAGCUUGCAGGACCAGCUAGCCUAGGCUACUGGCGAGUCUCAGGCCAGUGAAAGAGAAAUUAAGGUGGGAAUUGGGUAUGGUCCCAGCAUUUAAGAAACAGGCGGACCUCUGAUUCCCAGGCUAGUCAGAACUACAUAGACCCAAAAUGAAAAAAAUAAAGCCUUGAGGUGGGCUGGAAGAUGUCUCAGUGGGUUCUACCAAGUGCAUUCUACCAAGACACAGAGUUCUAUCCCUAGAACCCACGUGGUAGAAUAAGAACCAACUCCGAGUUCUCUUCUGACUUCCACAUUGCUUGGUGAUACAUGUGCCCACACGCUUACAAAAAACUAAAGACAGGCAGUUUUGUUUUUUAAAGGUAGGUGACACCGAGCCAGCAUGUCAGUGCAUGGAUCUCAGUUUGAGGCCAGCCUGGUCUACAGAGCAAGUUCCAGGACAGUCAAGGCUACAUAGAGAAACCCUGACUCAAAGACAUCAAGGAGGAUUUCUGGCCUCUAUGUUCAUCCACCACACGUGCGCACACACAAAGAAGCAGCUUUGCUCUCUAUCUGGCUGUCUUUGACACACUGGUCCUUUGUUAUCUGCCGUUUGGUGUCUGUCCUAUGGGAUUCGACUACUCUUGUCUCCUUGCCUCAGAUCCCCACUCUCAAAUCUCUGGUUGCUGGCAAGACUCUAGCUUCCUCUUGCCUCUGGUUGUCCGUGUCUGUAUAGCUGGAUCUCUUUUUGAUCCUCUCCUGACCUGUUUGUGUGUGUCCCUCCUACCCAACUUUCCAUCUUUCCUCUCCACCUCUGUGUGUCCAUGUGAACUCUUGGGUGACUCUCCUCCCUACCCCUCACUGGGUGCCUCCCUUCUCCAUGCUCCGUAUGACCUGUGUCUGUGCAUUCAGUUUGGUGUGUGCUGUGUGUGAGCCCUGGCUUUUGUUCUUUCCGUGCCCAUCUCUCACUUCCCAUUUCUCCUGUCUGUUUCUGUUUUCUUUUUUAUCACCACUCCACCCCCAUGCAUGUGUGUGUGUGCACCCGUGCAGUGCAUAUGCCUCUGUGUGUGUGUGUGUGUGUGUGUGUACACAUCAGAGGGCAACUAGCAGGUACCAGUUCUCUCCGUAUGUGGUUCCUGGUGAUAGAACCCAAAUUGUUAGGCUCAGUGAAAAGUGAGCCAUCUUGCCUAACCUUUCUCUCUCUUUCUCUCCCUCUUUUCUCUUUCUCUCUCUCUCUCUCUCUCUCUCUCUCUCUCUCUCUUGCUCGCUCUUUCUUUAUUUCUGAUAGGUCUUUCUGUGUCCUGGGUGGAGCUCACUACAUAAACCAAGCUGGCCUCAAACUCACAGAGAUCUGCCUGCUUCUGCCUGCAUUUAAAGACCUGCACCACCAUGCACUUGUCUUUCUAUCUUUUUCUGUCUCUGCUCCACCCCCUUUGUCACUAAGCAGCCUAGCAGUCCGGCCACGGCGGAUGUAGAGGGAUGAUUCAGUGGUGACAGGAAACAACUGCCUCGCCUACUGCCCGCCAGAGUUUGUGCUGUUGGCAUCGGCUUGGGCAGGUGUGCGGGCACAGGAUGGGGUGGCCAUGGUGAGGAGGUCCCACUCUCAGGCUCUCAAUAUUUAGCCCAGACUAGCCCAAAACUCACUAUGUUGGUUGUCUCCGGCUGUCCUGAAAACUAGUGGAAAUCCUCCUGCUUCAGCCUCCAGGGUUGCUGGGAUUACAGGUGUGAGCCCCAUGCGAGGGCCAGGACUGAGUGCUGAAUCCUCCUUUUCCACAAAGCGGCUGUGGGGGCUUUCUCAGUCUUAAAUUCUCCACCUGUGACGUAAGGAGCCUGUCUCUCAGGACCAGCUUCACAGCCCCUUCCCCAAGCCAACAUGAGCACCGAGCUGGAGCUGCUGUGGCCACUGUCGCUACUAUUGCUGCUGCUGUUGGGGUCCACAGCCUGGCUGUGUGUUCGAUGCGCCCGCCAAGGGGUGAAGAAAACUGGGAAAAUCUACGAGCAGAGGAACCAGCAAGAAAAUGAACAGAGCUGCACUGUGUCUCAGACCUACUCCUUGGCCAGGCAGGUGUGGCCAGGACCCCUAACGAACACAGCCUCAGAGAAGUCAUCUGAAAGGGCACCAGCUCAGCACCACCUGCUGCCCCAUCCUUGCAGGAAGAACAAGCUGAUGUUCUCCCACCUGGAGGGUCCUGAGUCCCCUAGGUACCAGAAUUUCUACAAAGGAAGCAGACAUGACCCUGAUACUGCUUAUGUAGAUCCCAUCCCCACAGACUACUACAACUGGGGAUGUUUCCAGAAGCCCCCAGAAGGCAGGUCCACCUGCAGGUCUUCUGCCAGAUGUCUUCUGUUGACAGACGAUUCUGUCUCCUACGAGAAUGUGCUCAUCUGCAAGCCCAGCACCCGAGCCUCAGGUGGUGAGGAAUCCGAGGAUUACCAGAACUCAGCAUCCAUCCAUCAGUGGCGAGAGUCCAGGAAGACUGUGGGCGCACAAAUGUCCCCAUCUGAAGGCCCAGAGGAGGAGCCAGAUUACGUGAACGGGGAUGUGGCUGCAGCUGAGGAAAUCUAGGAGCGAAUCAAUGGGAAGGAAGGGCCUGAGGAUCAUGAGCCUGCUGAAUGAAGCCUGUUUUCCAAGGAUGCUCUAGCUUCACACUGCAGCCUGUGGCUGCUCCUGGGAGGGCGCCAAAUCACCCUGACACACAGCCUGGGAGACACUGGGAAUCACCAGAGCUGCCACCCUCAAGUGAUGCCCUGGACUUCCUUGGGGGCAAAGCAAGUGCCCAGGGGAUAUUGGCUGUGCUGACUGGAAGCCCAGGACCUGAGGCACACAGGCCCCCAGUCCCACAUCUAGACAGGGUCCAGGCUGGCCUCGAACUCCAGCCUCUGCCCUGUGCUGGGACUGCAGGGUGCAUCACCACACCUGACCUUGUAGCUUUUUUUCUGUUUGGAAAACUUACGAAUGUUGGUUUCUGAGAAUGUCACAUGACUUUUCUGCAGUUUACUUAAAUUGCUAGAGCUGUAUUUAACACUGUUCAAUGUCGGGGCACUUCCUCUCUCAGAGAGCAUUACAUGUACUAACUUUGGCAGAUCAGUUGGGUGUGGGGUAACCUGGGGUCGUCUUGGUCUCUUAGUGGGCUCCAGUUUGCUCUGAUCUCCCAUUCCUGCAGGGGUCUUGUGGGUCAGUGAUAGGGAAAUAACACUGGCCCCUCACCAAACAUCAAUAAACCCUGAGAUUUUAAGAGCA